GCUCGCUCUCCGCUCUUGGCUUGCUGUACCCUUUUUCCGCUUUCGCUUUGUGGUCAAAACGUUUUCCUCCGUGCAUUGUUAGUCCACGGCCGUAUAACCAACGUGUGUUUGGUUCGAAGAAAAACGAUACCCGCAAUCAGUACACCUGCGAGUACACCGCCCGUAUCGCGACCAAGCUGAACACCGGCCAUAGCGUUUACUCACAAAUUCACUGAAUAGUACAGCAUUGCGAUGGCGGACUCGGUUGCUGAAAGUACGAAUGCGAGCGCUGCCACUGCGGCGGCUGCCGCAACAAACUGGGUGCAGAAAACGGAAGACCAGGAAAUCUCGAAUCUGGUAGAUGGAUUAAUUAUCGCAAACAAGGACAAAGGAAGUGGCGACGGUAAACAGGAAGCGUCAACAGUGAAGCCAGAGCAUGCCGAGAAUGCCGUAAAUGGAUCUACAGUAGCAGCUGGAGCUGCCGGCCCAGCUGCUGGUUCCGAAGAAAUCGAAACUGUGAAUCCGGCCGAUGCAAGUUUGCUAAUGAAAAUCAUUCGCAAAGGUUUGGUCGAAUCCAAACUAGACCUGGAGGUGCAGCGCAAAGAUCCAUCUUCGCCAUUACAUUCCGUCAAAUCGUUCGAGGCUCUACACCUUAAACCGGAGCUGCUUCAGGGUGUGUAUGCGAUGGGAUUUAACGCUCCGUCGAAGAUUCAAGAAACAGCCCUGCCGACAUUGUUGGCCGAUCCGCCCCAGAACAUGAUCGCCCAAAGCCAGUCCGGAACGGGCAAAACGGCCGCCUUUGUGCUGGCAAUGUUGAGCCGGGUUGAUCCACGCAAACCCUAUCCUCAGGUCAUCUGUCUCUCGCCGACGUAUGAACUUGCGAUCCAGACGGGGGAAGUUGCGGCCAAGAUGGCAAAGUUUUGUAAGGAAAUUAAGCUUCGGUUUGCCGUCCGUGGCGAGGAACUGCCCAAAGGGAAGAAGAUUACCGAUCACAUCAUCAUCGGUACGCCGGGCAAACUGAUGGACUGGGGCAUCAAGUUCCGUGCGUUUGAUCUGCGAAAGAUUUCCGUGUUCGUGCUGGACGAGGCGGAUGUGAUGAUUGCUACCCAGGGGCAUCAGGAUCAAUGCAUCCGCAUCCACAAACAGUUGUCGUCCUCCUGUCAGAUGAUGUUCUUUUCGGCUACCUACGAAAAGGAGGUGAUGGACUUUGCCGAGUACAUCGUGCCGAAUCCGAUCAUUAUACGGCUGGCCCGGGAGCAGGAAUCGCUUGACAACAUCAAGCAGUACUACGUUAAGUGUAAGAACCAGGACGAAAAGUAUCAGGCCAUUUCAAACAUCUACGGUGUGAUAACGGUUGGCCAAGCUAUCAUCUUCUGUCAUACUCGAAAAACCGCCGGUUGGUUGUCUGGUAAGAUGACCCAGGAUGGACAUUCUGUGGCAGUGUUGUCCGGUGAGCUCACAGUCGAGCAACGGUUGGCCGUACUAGACCGAUUCCGUGCAGGGCUGGAAAAAGUACUCAUCACUACGAACGUGUUAUCCAGAGGAAUCGAUGUCGAGCAAGUAACGAUUGUGGUGAACUUUGAUCUGCCCAUGGACCAGAAUGGUCGAGCUGAUUGUGAAACUUACCUUCACCGAAUUGGUCGCACGGGUCGUUUUGGCAAAAACGGUAUCGCCAUCAAUCUUGUCGACAGCGACCACAGCAUGGAAAUUUGCCGAACCAUUGAAGCACACUUCCAGAAAAAGAUCCAACUUCUGGAUGCCGAGAAUUCGGACGAAAUCGAAAAGAUUGGCUCCUAAACAGGCUUUAGGGGUUGAGAUACACGUAUGACAGCAUGCAAUUGUGCUAAGUAAUUUAGCUUUUAAAAGCAGAUUUUCAACUUUACCGCUGAACGAUAUAGGGUAGAAUUACUUCAAGAAGCUAAAACUUCGACGAUGAAAAACAAAGGAAAUUAUCGCUAAAAAAACCGAUGUGACGAUGUGCUUUUAUUGUUUUUAAAUGAAAUUAUGCUUCCGAAUGUUA